GCUACCUGAUUCUGCUCUCCCGCCAGGGCAAAGUGGUUCGUCGUCACCCACCCGACUCCGAGACUGCGAUCUGGCCGCUUCGGAAGCUGAAGCUUGAAGAAGCUCGGUUUUGCUAACUACAUUCCUGCUCUCCAGCGUCUCGCAAAGUGGUUCACCACCCUCUCGCCAAAGGAUAAGGCCAAGAUCAUCAAGGAUGUGACUCAACUCGUGCUGUCCCGCAGGACGCGGAUGUGCAAUUUCCUGGAAUACAAAGACACCAAAGUCGUCUACCGCCGCUACGCCUCGCUCUUCUUCAUCGCUGGAUGUGCGUCGACCGAUAACGAGCUGAUCACCCUCGAGGUUGUGCACCGCUACGUCGAGCAGAUGGACAAAUACUAUGGCAAUGUGUGCGAGUUGGAUAUUAUCUUCAACUUCCAGAAGGCGUAUUUCAUCUUAGAUGAGUUGCUGCUCGCGGGCGAGAUGCAGGAGAGUAGUAAGAAGAAUGUGCUGCGGUGUAUCAGUCAGCAGGAUAGCUUGGAGGAUAUGGAGGUGAGUGCGAAUUGCUUGCUGUCUUUUGCUUUUGUUGUCUUGCAUGCACCUCGACAUUCCUGUCACCGAGGAUAUGGGAGUUGGAAUCUAGAUGUCCCACCGGCCUCGGGGCUGUCGCGGUGGGUUGUUUGGUCGCAGCCUUUCUGUAUCCCACCCACCUUGGGUAUUAUCGCCUGAUGUUACCGUUUGCUUUCCCGAUGUCGUUUUACAUGGCGUGAAGCCUAUCCCUCCCAAGCUUUCUGUUACAUGUCUGUUGUCUUCCUGUAUGGCGCUAACUUGUCGUCGCCUCAGGUUGAGGAAGAUGUGGUUACGAAGAUCAUGUAGGAGUCUCAUCUGCGAUGAGCUUCUGUUUCUUAUAUUGGUUUGCUCGUGGGCUUGCAAGGACUGUUUAUUGGCGUUCGGACGUAUAUAGGCGUUGAUCUUCUCUACAACCACCCCCAGUGGCUAAUAAUACUAUAUUGACUCCAUUCAGGACACCAAAGAAGUUCUCGGCGCUCUCGAGAAGCAGGGCAUUAUGUGAAACCAAAUUCGGCACUUCGCUG